UCUCUCUCUCUCUCUCUCUCUCUCUCUGCAACAAGCGACCUGGGUCUAGCUACCUAUAGAAGGAAAAACAUAGCCUCAAUUGCUAAAAGGGUCAGCUUUUUAGAGGAAGGACUUGGGAAAGCCUUUAUCAAAGAGAAAGGAAGAAAAUAAAAGAAAGAAACUUGAUGUUCACGCCACCCUAUAGGAAUGCAUGUUAAGGAACAGACUCUGCAAAUGGCAACUUCAGGCUUUCGAAGAUCUCAAUCCUCUCCCUGAUCGGUUCGACACUCUACCUUCCUUCGUGAGAAACAACCUGGUAGCCAGCCUGACGAAGAGACUGUUCGGCAGCAAAAUGCUGGAGUACGAAUGGGGCAAUCCGGCCAGCACAAUCAUGCUUUCGGCCGAGCAAGAACCAGCCUCGGAUUCGGACCAAACUCCUCAAAUCUUCGACCACUACACCCAAGCAUUCCACGACAACAGUUGUAACCCUCAACCCACAACCACCGCGUUCUGUCCCUUCAUCCCGUCACAGAACCAAACACAUCCCCAGCCCCACCACUCCCUCUUCGACCCACGGGCCUACUCAACCAGCUCGUCGCACUACCCACCUACUCAGCUUCUCACCCUCGAUCCCCUACCCGUCCCCACCGGAACCAGAGGAGGAGGGUACCUGGUCGUCCCCAAGAGCGAAGAGGUCUCUCGGCCACCCUUGGACUUCGUCUCCAGACUCGGCCUCAACCUUGGUGGCCGUACGUACUUCUCCUCGGCGGAGGACGAGUUAGUGAACCGGCUCUACCCCCGGAGCAGACAGGCCGAGUCCGGUCCUACCAACUCACCCCGGUGCCAGGCCGAGGGGUGCAAUGCCGAUCUGAGCCACGCGAAGCACUACCACCGUCGUCACAAGGUCUGCGAGUACCACUCCAAGGCCUCAACCGUCAUUGCCGCCGGGUUGACUCAGAGAUUCUGCCAGCAGUGUAGCAGAUUCCACCUUCUCUCGGAGUUCGAUAACGGAAAACGCAGCUGCCGGAAGAGACUGGCCGACCACAAUCGUCGCCGACGGAAAAUUCAGCAACAAAACCAAGAAAUUCACACAUCCCAACUCGGAAAGGCUCACAUUAAUAAUUCGUCCUCUGAUAAAUAUCUGACGAGAUCACCACUGGAUUCCGGAGCUCACUCAAUGUCGUCGGUAUCAGUGACCUUGUCGCCGGCAAGAAUGUCGUUGGAUUGCUUCAGGCAGCGACCUUAUCAAGCUACGGCUUCUUCGGCAUCGUCAAGCUCGUUUUUAUUCUCAAGUGGGUGACUGUGUCGAAGUGGAAGGAGGAUUAGACUAUCAGCAAUAAUACAUUGAUCACGGCUUGUUUAAUUUGCCUUUUUUUUCUGGAUUACUUUUGUUUUCCCUCUGAAUUUCAGUGCUUAGUCAAGAAUGGUGUUUGUAACAUGGAUCCUAUAUAUAUAUGGAGCAUCUAAUUUUAUA